GCUGGAGGGGGAGCUCGACAGAUGGUGCCCAGAACGGUGGCCGAUCAGACUUCUGCCCAAAUGGCCGCCAUCACUGCCAAAUAUAGAGCUCUGUUGCAAGAUCAGGCUCGCAUGAAAGAGAAUCAUGAGCAGGGUGUCCGCCUGGAAGCAGAGGUGAAGCAGCUGCUGGAGGAAAGAGAGCAGCUGAGUCAGCAACUGGAAAGUGCGAGGGAGAAGGUCCACUCCCUUCAGGCUUCCCUAAACCAUCGUUGGGCGCUAAUGUCACCACGUGCAGGUGGAGGUACUAUCCAAGCAAUUAGCAGCUGUGGAACUUCGAGAAUUACGCGAAAAACAGAAGGCAGAACAUGCAACCACGAUGUUCCAGAAUGUCAAGAGUAA